AUGGUUUCGGAUCCUAUAAAAGCUGUAAAUGAACCUUUCCCUUCUACUGGAUUAACAUGUUUACAUUUUGCUGCUUCAAGAGGACAUUUAAACAUUGUUCAAUGCCUUGUAGAAGAAUAUUUGAUUGAUCCUGAUUCAACAGAUAAAGAAGGAGAGACGGCUUUAUUGAAAGCAGCCUACCAUGGACAUUAUCAUGUAAUAGAAUAUUUACUAGAUCAUCAUGCAAAUAUAAAUCAAAAGGAUAAAGAUGGCUGGACUGCUCUUCAUAAUGCUUGUUCAAAAGGUUAUUUUAGAAUUGUAAGAUUAUUAGUUGAAAGAAAAGCAAAAGUAGAUGUGAAAAUUAAUGCUGCUUCAAAAGGACAUAUGUCAAUUGUAGAAUAUCUUCUAGAUGAAGGACAUGCAAAUCCUCUUAUAAAAAACAAAUUUGGUGAAGCAGCUUAUGAUGUGAGUGCAGCUGCUGGUGAAUCUUAUAUUUGUGAAAUGCUUGAAAAAGCAGGUCGUAAAUGGUGGCACUUGAAACAUACAGAAGGUAUGUUGAAUCCAAAGAACAAACGUGCUUCUAUGUUUGGUGCUAUUUAUGAUCUAUUAGAAUAUCAUGUGACAGUGAUUGUGACUUUACAUGAAAAUCAACGAUGCUCUAGUUCUUUACUCUCAGGACUUUCACGUCCCUACUUUAGUGAAAAUUAUUUAAAGAAAGAGGAGAUACAAACACGAGGACCUUGGUCACUUCAUCCAUCUGGGAUACCCUCUUCUAAAGAAUUAGUGACGCUACCACGACUUUUUAAUUCGAAUACCAAUCCAUAUUAUCAUGACACGAACCAGCAACAACUCACUUCAGAUUGGUUUUGGUUAACAGACUGGCAAAUUGAUUAUAGUGAUCCUAGAGUGGACCCUACAUCAGGAUGGCAGUACGCAAAAUCGUUUUCAGAUACAGAUGAUCGUUGGACACCUGUGGCACCUACAAGUGGUUAUAAUUGGGUCAGAAGAAGACGAUGGGUUCGUGUAAUGAAGAGAAGAAUGGAUUUGACAAAGGGGAGUCAUCGUGGAGAGAAUGAACUAAUGAUGAUGAUGAUGAAGGUUACAAAAGAUAUAGAGGAUGAACAACAGGAAAAUACUAAUACGACACAUAAUAAUAAUCAUGGUUGUAACAGUAUCGGUCACAGUCAUAGUCAUAGUCAUAGAAGCAUUAGCAGGAGUAGUAGAAAUGGACACAUGGUUCAGAAAACAACUAAUAUAGAAGGAAUUGAAAGAACUGAAGAUCAUACAAAGGAUUUGCAUGCAAAUGAAGUCAUAUUCAUCAGCAAAAGGGGGCAUUUACAGCAACAGAUAAACCUAUUACAGAAUGAACCUAUUAAUCAUCAUAGUAACCCAUGGUCAGCACUCACGUCAGCAUCUUCUUUAAACACAUCUGCUACACCAGACUCUGAUCUCUUUAUUGAGCAUCAACAAAGGAUACACCAGCGAUUACAUAGAGAGGCGGUGGUUCAUUGGGAAUCUGAUUUAGAUGCUAAAUCAUGUCGUAUCUGUGAAAAAAAGUUUGGACUCUUGUUAAGAAGACAUCAUUGCCGAAAAUGUGGACUUGUAUUUUGUGAUAAAUGUUCUUCUUGGAAAGUUUGUUUAAAUCCUUCUGAAAUUUUACAAGAUCCUAAAGGGGCUCUAGAUCCUCCAGCCAUAAUAGCCUCUCAACCUCAACGUGUAUGUAAGAAAUGCUAUUAUCAACACCAAGAGUUGUUAAUUCACUAA